AUUAAUAGAUCUUCUAUGUCUAUAUUGAACGCCGGGUGUGUUAUACGCAUCGCUGCAAACUCAGACCAAAACCUUCGUGUGUUCAGUUCUUUGACUCUCCUCCAUUUUUGCCCAUUCUCUGCGGAUACUGACUCAACCAUGUUCGCGCCAGCAGCUCGUGUUGCGAGCAAGAGACUGCUCGAGAUCCUUCGUCAAUCUCCACAGACCUCUCGGUCUUUCUCCACUGCCUUGAAUUACCAUAUCGAUUCACCGGAUAACAGUCCUGACCUCCCGUGGAAGUUCAGUGAUGCCAAUAAGGAAAAGGUGACAGAAAUAUUGUCUCACUAUCCAUCCAACUACAAGCAAUCUGCAGUCAUCCCCCUUCUGGAUCUUGCGCAGCAACAACAUGGUGGGUGGCUACCAGUUUCAGCAAUGAAUGCGGUGGCAAAGGUUAUAGAAGUUGCUCCAAUUCGUGUAUAUGAAGUUGCAACAUUUUAUUCAAUGUUCAAUCGGACAAAGGUUGGGAAAUAUCACCUUUUGGUCUGUGGCACCACACCUUGUAUGAUACGUGGUUCUCGUGAAAUAGAAGAGGCUUUAUUAAAUCACCUCGGAGUGAAGCGCAAUGAGGUAACGAAGGAUGGCAUGUUUUCUGUUGGGGAAAUGGAAUGCAUGGGUUGUUGUGUAAAUGCUCCCAUGAUUACGGUGGCUGACUACACCAAGGGCUCAGAAGGAUACACAUACAAUUACUAUGAGGAUGUUACUCCAAAGCGAGUGGUUGAGAUUGUUGAGAUGUUGAGAAGGGGGGAAAAACCACCGGUUGGCACGCAAAACCCAAAGCGUAUAAUGGGUGGACCUGAAGGAGGUAACACGACUUUGCUUAGUGAGCCAAAGCCUCCCCCAUGUCGGGACCUUGAUGCAUGCUAAAUUUAAAAGAUAAAAUGUUGUUCCCAAUAAUGCAAAAAUUGGAUAUUUGAUUGGUCUCCCUUCAUCAGAACAUUGUUACUGUUAUUUGCUCAACCAUUUGAGUAUCUGCAUGCAUGGUUUUUGGUUAGCAAUUAAUAUAUCCAAGUUUCCUUUAAAA